CAAUAUUAUGCGACAAACAUUCCCUACUUACAAACCUAGGUAGGUAAAUAAAUGUCCAUAUAUUCAGAAUAAGCCCAAUUGCAGUCUUUACAAUGUCAAUUUAAAUUUGCAUGGUUCUUAUCAUGUGCUAUCUGAUAUACGUAAGCCUUCAAGUUUCAAACUGAUCAGACGACCCGCGAUCCAGGUACAAACGCGCAUUAAUUUUCAUACGUAUAGGGAUGGUGCACAGCCUUUGUGAUAAGAAACUCUAAGUGGAAGGCAGGAAUCCAUGCCAACCCUGAAGCCACAUGCCGUUACCCGUUGGAUAUCGGUGGUGUAACGAUGAACACCAGAGAAACAGCACAGACCACGUAAGAACCCGGAAUCGGGAGCUGGGAAUCGGAUUCGGUGCGGAGCUUCCUACUCGGAAUCAACGACUCGGGUUCACCAACGCGGACUCGAAGUUGCGACCCAGGCAGCCGUAUAUUGAGAUUCAAAUAAAUAGAACACGUUAAUUUUUAUUUUAUUUUUAUGUUUUCGCGAUGCUGCAUCUUCAACUAAUCAUUGAUUUACGGUGCCUCAACGCUCUGUAUCUUAACGAUCCCUAUUUUACUAAGGGAUCAUCGACGUCAUCUCCCCUACACAUAAACCCACAAAACAUCGCAACUAAGUAAAUGGCUCCACUAAAAAUCCUCGUCUGCGGAGGCGGAAUAGCGGGCCCGGCCUUAGCUUUCUGGCUAGCCCGCUCCGGCCACCGCGUCGUCAUCGUCGAGCGCUACCCGGCGCUGCGGGCAACAGGGGCCCAGGUCGACCUGCGAGAGCAAGGCAUCGACAUGGUCAAGAGGAUGGGGCUCGACGAGACCAUCCGCUCCAAACUCGUCGACGAAGAGGGCUUUGCGCUGGUAGAUUCUCAAGGCGAGAUCAGGGCUACCGUCUUGGCCAAUAGGUCUGGUAGGGGCGCGCAGUCCUUCACGUCCGAGUAUGAGAUCAUGCGCGGGGACCUGGUGAGGAUACUCUACGACCAGACGAAGGAUGCGGAGAAUGUGGAGUACGUGUUUGGCAAGACCGUGGAGAGCUUCGAGCAGGAUGAAAAGAGAGUACUUGCUCGUUUUUCGGACGGCUCGUCUGAUACGUUCGACUUACUUGUCGGUGCCGAUGGCCAGGGGUCGCGUAUUCGAAAAGCCAUUCUUCCGCCCGAUAGUCCGGAGCCUUACCACCAGCUGGGCGUGUACAUUGCGUACUGGUUCAUACCCCGUACAGCAGAUGACUCUAAUCUCCGCCGGACCUAUCUCGCCCCGGGCGGCCGCAUGGUGUUCCGGAGAAGUCACAACGCGACAGAGACUCAAGUUUACUUCUUUCUCAAAGACGACGACCCAGCAUUGCAGAGCAUCCCGAGAGCCUCGAUAGAAAAGCAAAAGGAAUUUUGGGCAGAAAGGUUUAAGGAUGCCGGAUGGCAGAUGGACCGGUUCAUCGAGGGCAUGAAGGAAACUGAGAAUUUCUACUGCCAAGAAGUCGUUCAGGUUUUCACAGACACGUGGUCUAAGGGACGAGUCGUCCUUCUAGGCGAUGCGGCGCACUGCGCCUCUCCGUUUAGCGGGAUGGGCACUACGGGCGCUCUCAUUGGCGCAUAUGUCUUGGCUGGCGAGAUUGUGCGGAAUCCUGACAACAUACCUGAGGCAUUUGCGCACUACGACAGGACGCUACGGCCCUUCGUGGAUGCGAUACAGAAUAUACAUGGAGGAAUGGUGCGGUUGGGGAUGCCGAAGUCGUGGUGGGGUGUCAAGAUAUUCUACUUCGUCGCUUGGUUGCUCUGCCUCCUUCGUGUACCCACUCUCGUCGCGAUGUUUUCGAAGGGGGAAAGGGGCGGUUGGAAGAUACCGAAUUAUCCAGAGCUGAAGCCUGCCCGGUAGGACCCUGAAACAAUCGGCUAACAGCUAUCCAGGCAUGGUGAUGAUUCUUGGUGUUUAAAGGCAUAUCUACUCCACUCAUCUUUACCAUUUUCACCGUGGAACAUCUAUCACCUUCCCCCAAAAAGUGUUUAAUUGGAUUUUGGAUACGGAUAGGUAACAGCCUGGGCAACGGGGUAAUCCAUUUUCUGGGCGUAGCACCGCCAAGCACCGGGAUCCUUCACUAUAAGAACACGUUACUCCGCUCUGCCGUAAAAUAUCACUGGAUCACUAAGGUGGUUAUGUACGAACCUAACCAAGAAUAUUAUUGCUUUUUUUUGAAGCGUGCGAUGAACGGAUCUAGGGAUGAAAAUGGGACGCCACAAAUGUCAUUGAAUCGUCUUCGAAACGUUGCUGGCGUCAGUUUCCCGCGUGGCUCGGCGCCAUCUGAUGAGGUGCACAUCUACGCCAUGCUAUAUGGC